AUGGAAGGCGGUGCUGAAGCCGUAGAUGUGAGCUGGCUCCAUCAUUCGCAGCGGGCUGAUACUGCCGGUCGAUCCAAAAAUACGCCCUCAAGGUCUUCUCAGCAGAAGUUAAAUGAGCAGCAACCUGGGACCGACAGCACUGCUACUCAAAACGACGCGACAGCCAGCACUACUAAUGGACAGAAUGGACAAGCGUCAGCUUCGGCUCCAAAGCCGGUGCCAACAUCAUCAUUAUCCAAACCAUUGCCGUUACCCUCUGAAAGCGCAGAGAACGAAACCUCAAAACAACAGUCGCUAUCUCCACCAAACCAAAAUCAAAAUCAGAUCCAAGCCCAGGCCCAGGGCCAGGGCACUGGCCCGGAAUAUACGCCUGCCCCAAACAUCACCACAAGCGCCAUCGCUCUUACGGGCACAACCCAAACUACGGUCACCAGCACAAAUGCGAGUACCAGAACACCGCCAAAGCCCGUACCUCGGCGAAACUCUUGGAUUUCCACUCUAAGCUCCAAGUUCUCCUCUGGCUCUACACCUCCGUCUCAGAGCCACAUGAGAGAGUCGCCGUCAACCGGCCGGCAACAACAACCAUCUGACUCGAUAAAUCCCUUCGGUGCUGCAUACUCUCCGAAAGAUGCUGAUAAAUCGGGGGAAGGUUCCAGCUCCUUCACAAGCGGCUCUCCAAGGAGCGGCCACCCCUCGUUCUUCCACAACGCAUUCCGAAAACUGUCUUCAUCGGGAGGAGCUAGCCUGGGCAAGCUGUCCUCUAACUACGCCCCAAAUGGCGGGGUGUGGCCAAGGCGAGUAAUGAAUGUUGAUGCGGACCGGGAUCGUUGUAAGAUUCCAGAACUCAACCAAGCAAAACUGCGACGUGUGGCGUUUUGCGUGGAUGUUGAGAUUGCAGGGACUCAAAGGAGGUCUGAAGGUGACGAGGAACGCAGCACCAAGAAAAAACCCGACCCCAAGGCAGUGGAGGCCGAAGAAGGCACUGUGCUAAAACAUGCAGCGGGACAUGCACCUCUGCCGACGUCAUCACCACCUUCGGAUGCCCCUGUAAGUAAUGGUGCUGUGCAGCCUCCAGACUCGCAUCCAAUCGAUGACGAGAAAUCCAAGCCACCGCCAACGAAGAAGCAGGAGAAGAAAAAGCGCUCGGAAGAGGAACGCAAGGAGCGGAAGGAGAAGAAGAGAAGACAAGCCGAGGAAAAUGGCUCGAUUCCCUUGCAGGUCAACCUCGAAGGUGGAAGCAAUAGUACUUCCAAAACAAACUCCAUCCGUCGGUCAUCGCGCGGUCAAGACCAGCCUACCACAGAUCCUCUACGAAUAUACCGGCGAUGCUGCCAACUUCGAGAAACGGGCGUGUUGAAGAAGUUAGUCGAACAGAUCUCCUCGCCGUCUUCAAUCUUGGCCGAGUCACCCGGUACUGUUGCGGUCCUGGACUUGACUGGCUUCCCCAUGACUUUGACCGACAUCAUCACCUUCAGUGAUUGGCUUUCCAUUGUCCCAGUACGGAAACUGAUAUUACAGGACUGUGGCCUGUCUGAUGAAGCAGUCAGGGUGAUCCUCGGCGGUCUACUCGCUACCAAGACCAUCGAGGCUGCCAGACAAGCCCGGCAGUUGAAGCACAGGAAUGUUGGGUCUGAGCUGGCAAAGGAAAUUCGAUACGGAGCUAUAGAAAAACUGUCACUAAAGGGGAACUCGAAAAUCGGCCCCGAGGGAUGGCGACAUAUAAGUCUUUUCAUACACAUGUCUCGCUCACUCAGGGGUAUUGACUUGUCUGGCAUACCCUUACCCCGUCCCACACCCCCUACCAAUGGUCCAGCGUCACCCAUCAGCAGGCCUUCUAAGCCCGUACCCGAUAUCGGUACCAUAUUCGCAAAUGCCCUUGCACAACGCUUUGGAGGUGAGCGGCUUGAAGAACUCGUUCUUAGUGAAUGCUCUCCAUCGACCGAAGAUGUGCAGAAAAUAAGCGAUGCAGCCAGAUCUAUGGGACUACGGCGACUAGGCCUAGCUAAUAACGACCUCACCAAGGAGGGACUCGAAUAUGUCAUCAACUACUUCCAGGGUGGUAAAUGUGAAGGCCUUGAUCUAGGUGGCAACAAGCUGGAAGCUCACAUUGGUCUUUUCUCAUCUGCUCUUGACAAGACUUUCCCUCUAAGUGCCUUAAGCUUAGCGGAUUGCUCCUUGACGCCUAAAACUCUCUGCUCACUCAUGCAGGGACUGACCCUGUUACCCAACUUCCGCUUUAUCGAUCUAUCGCACAACAAAGACCUAUUCAUCACACAGCCUGACUCAUUGGGGAUUCUACGAAGAUACCUCCCGCAGAUGAAGGAGCUAAGACGAAUACAUCUUGCAGACGUCUGUCUUAGUUCAGAGCAUGCUAUUGCUCUCGCUGAGAUCCUUCCCGACUGUCCUAAACUUUGCCAUAUCAAUAUCCUUGAGAACCCGGCUAUCCAGGACCUGGCGUCUGCAAGCACCCCUGAAGCUCAGGAGGAGGCUUGUGCGCUAUAUGCGUCGUUUAUGUCGGCAGCCCGCAUAUCUCGGAAUAUUAUCGCCGUUGAUAUCGAUGUUCCAACUCCCGAGAAUAACGAGGUUGUCAAGGCCCUUGCUUCUCAGAUAGUGGCUUAUUCCCUACGCAACCUCCAAUAUGGCGAGUUGAAGGAGGAGCUAUCAUCGUCGGCCGAUACCCAGGCUGCUGUAAAGGAUGUUCCUGUUCCCGAUAUCCUGGAACAUCUCGUUGGCCACGCUGACGAUGCAAACGGGGAGAUUGAUGACUCCAAAGUUACUUCAGACUAUGACUAUGUCAUUGGUGGUACUGGAGUUGUCAAGGCGCUAGGAAUCUGUCUGGGUAAUUCCGAUUACACCGCUGUCGAAGAUGUUCUGGGCGACCAGUCUCCAACUGCUAGUGGCACUUCUACACCAUAUCGUCGCCUUAGUCAUGUUCGCGUGACCAAGAAACCUCGUGAUAUGUCAAGAGAUCUACUCAACUCUGCGAGGAAGAUCCGGCUUCGGCUGCGGCCUGCUUUGGUCCGUGAGGACCGGGCAGGUAAUGAUCUAAACUACCGCCGACUCCACUUUCUCGACAUGACACUUCAACGAAUGAUUCAACGUUUCGAGGAUGAGUUCCCGGAUACCCGCAUACCCGAUGAGACCUCCACAACCCGCUCAAGUGAUGGUUCUCCUAAUCUAUCUAACGUUAAUGAUUCUACUAUCCUUGAACCGGUUGGUUCAUCCGCCAACGGCAAUACAACGGCUGAAGCAGAUGGUGAAGACGAGGAUGUAGAUCGAUACGCUGUUCGUCUCUCCCGGACUAGUUCGAACACAUCCCUCCACUCUCGCGCACUUACCUCUGAAGAAGGGAAAGUCCACCGUCUCAGUCACCAUUUCAGUCAUUCGCUACUCGGUCGCUCAGACAAGGACAAGAGCAAGGAUGCAGACCAGGAGUCCUCGGAGAAACCAAUCUCCCAGUCACCUCCAGAUGCAGUGCAAGUUCAAGCUCUCCGCGAGAAACUUGAACGUCUUCGUGCUCUUCAAGGCGAGGACACCGAUACAAACGUCCACAGUGAAGACCCGUCCUCAUCAUCCCGUCCCAUACUCCAUGAUGGCGCUUCCAACCUGGAAGAAUUGCUUACCCUACAGAAACAAGACCCUGAGGCCUUCGCAGAACUUAAGGAAAGCCAUAUCGUGGCACUUAUAAACGCAGGCCUAAGAAAUCCGGAUGAUGCAUGA